AUGGCAACCAUGGCUACAUCUGCGUCCCGACCACAGUCGGUGCUGAAUACUCCUCCCACGACCUUGUCGGUCUUGCCGCCAAUCAAUACAGAGGCUCCUGGGAAGACACAGAGUGGCCAGCGGCCAACAUCGUACGCGAAAGAUCGUUUGUCCAUGUAUUCGAAUGUCUCCGUAGCCUCGCAGAAUUGCUCUCGUCCCGGCUCACACGUCUUUCCUAUCUUCCAUUCCAGCUUGCCAUACGCUCUCGUUCGGGAUUUUGCGUACCCGCCAACGCAUCCUCUUCAUUAUGGGCCGCUGCCACCUCGUGCAUCCGGUGUGUCCACUCCUGCAAGUGAACAUCGGCGCCUCUCAGACCCUCCUGCCUCCUGGGACGCCUCCCGUGGCCAGUGGUCGUCGGGGCUGUGGGGAACGGAUCCCAGUCCCGGAAAUCAGCAACUACCCGCAAUGUCAUUCGGCGAUGGGCCCCCUUAUAGUGAGGACGAAGAUCUACACAGCCCAGUGUUUUCAGCAUCUCGACAUCGGAAGAACAAAUCGACGGGGACCCACUUGAACGCGCGCAGAACGAGGAGCCCUGGUCGUAGCCAUCGAUCUGUCGACUUUUCCGGGCAAUUCGAUCGGGGAACGUUGAUCAGUAUGAACGCGGAUGGCAGCGAGACUUAUUAUGUCGACGAAGACGAAGAUGCCGCAGACGAUGGACCGGGUGGUGAAUAUGUUACGUAUCCUGCAAGCGAGAGUCGUUAUUCUCACAUGGGAGGUGAAUCAUACAGCAACGAGCAUAAUCAGAAGCAUGAUGCAGGAUUCGAAUCCGAGGAUGACUAUUCUGGUGACCGAUACUCUGGCGAGUUCCAAUUCGCGGUUGGGUGUCCUGAUGAGGAGAUGCACGGUAAAGCGGUUGCUCUCUUCGAUUUCACCCGGGAACAUGAGAAUGAGCUUCCUUUGACAGAGGGACAGGUCAUCUUUGUCUCGUAUCGACACGGUCAAGGUUGGUUAGUAGCGGAGGACCCGAAAACCGGCGAGAGCGGCCUGGUGCCGGAAGAGUUUGUGAGGUUACUUCGGGACAUUGAGGGUGGCUUGACAUCGCUCAGUGAGGAUCCCAAUCUUGAUACCGAGGAGGACAACACAUACCUGAGUCCAGACUCGACGGAUUCAGAGCAGGCUUUAACACCAACGCAAAACGACCAACUUCCUUUAAGCUCGGACAGGGGGUCAAUCCCGGUUACCAAUGGCACAACAAGGGCACAAAGCCCGGUUGUGGUACCCACCGGAGGUGGUGAAGCCACUUCGAACUCGUCACAUUUGAUGCGCAACGGGCAUGAGAUCGACAGCGCCCCGCCAAUUGCACAAGAGAUUUCUGAGAAGCGCAAGUCCAAAAGGGAAAGCCGUAUUGGCAUUACGACGAAGACAUGA